CCUCUGCUUAGUAGCCUUGUCGUUCGCCCGUCCGACAGCGGCGGCGGCGCUGGUAGCGAUUACGAGCCCGGCGAAGUUCGCCGUGACGCUCCUCCUUAUUCUCGCCCUGAUCGUUAUUCCGAUGAUCCUGCUUCAGUUAUCGCCUGGUGCAAGAAUGGGGAUCUUGAGGAAGGCAUAUUUUGUGUGAAUGCGGGUUUUGAAUUGGGUUUUGGGGGUUCUUUUCCUUUUUCUGGUUUUCAGGGGUAAUUGUAAAUGCGGCAUUUUCCUUAAAAUAAGUAUUUACAUGACUUGGAAACCUGAUUUGUUUUCGGUGUCAUUUGAUUACAAGUAUAAUACCAAGGUUCCAUUUUUUGGGAGUUGAGGAACUUUGACACCGGUUUAUAGGGGUCUCCUUUGGAGGAUUCACCUUGGAUGUUUUUAUUAAUGUGGUACUGGAAAAGCCUCAAGAUGGCCUUACUGAUUGGAGUAGGUAAAGGUGGAAAUUCAUAUUUGAUUAAUGGUUGAAGGGUCAGGAGUUUAUUUGCAAUAUCAGGGCCAUCAGCUUGAUUAUGGGGGCUUUGCUGUGGAAUCGGCUGGAAAUAAGUUAAAAUCUUGCCCACAAUGAUGCAUACUUUUCCUGGAUUGGAAUUUUGCCAAAAUUGUGAUUAGGAUCUUGUUUGUUGCCCAAAAUUGGUUUGGAAGUAUUUUUUAGAUGGUAAGCUUUGAUGUAAAAUUGAUGGUCAGGUUGACAUAAAUAUGGAGUAUGUAUUGCAAUGGUGGUCAAUCAGUUUGUCUUACCAAUUAUGCAGAAAACCUUUCAGUUUAUGUCAUUUGAAUUCUUAAGUGUGGCAUAUUUUGGCAGUAGGUUUUUGGUAUACAAUUGCAAAUUUGCAAGAGGGAGAAUUUGCUGCUUAGCUGGACAACCUUGGCUCUCUCUCUUAGUCCAUUGCAGAAGAUUAGGUUUUAUGCAAAUUGUUAGAGAGGAAGUCAGCCUUUCAGGCUUCAUAUAUGUCUCAAUCUUGUACAUCUGGAUAAAUGCCAAUCUAGGAUAGAUAUCUUGGUCAGGGUUAUAAAAUCUUUUGUGUCUAGAUACUGAUGGCAUAUAUAUUCUCUUACAUGAGGGACAUCUAUUGUUUGGGAUUGAAGAUGUUCAGAGGAUAAUUCUGCAAGUGCUAUGGCGAGGUUAUCUGUUAUUUCCUGUCACAUGGCAUGUUAUGAGAGGGACAUCUAUUGCUGGGGGGAUCAUAUAUGUUUUUUUCCACGUUGGGGGACGGUUGUGCCAACACUCCUCAAAGGUCCGUCAAACAAAUUGGUGGACAACGUUAGAGCAAAAUAUUUGGGAGAAAAUACAAAGGCGGUUGGGAUCAUUUGUAUGGCUCACUCACCAUUCACCAAGUAGUAGUUUUCAGGUCUAAGAUCUCAUUUUAUGGUCUCAGCCUCAGCCCCCAAGUCACUGAAAUAUCUUGCUUCCACAGUUUCCAAGUCACUGAAAUAUCUUGCUUCCACAGUUUCAUGGGUUCAAGAUGCUUUUCUUGGGCCUUCACUCUUGAACUAGCCUUUCUCCUAAUUUUCUGUGGAAGUUGUUUAAAACCAAACCUUGAGGAUAUUUAGCUUGUGUGCUUUUAGUAUUAGUCUCUUUAGUGUUAGCUCUCACUAGCUGGAGACAGCUUAUUGGGAUUGCGUUCGCUGGUUUACUACUUUGCUGAAAACCCUAUUGCCACUUUGCCGUCGGAAAGAUGGUUCAAAAUUUAGAUGUUUGUAGUUUCAUAUGGAUUUUAACAUGUAUUCUUGCUUCAGAACAUUUUGGUGAACUGGAUCAUUUUAGAAUUGGGAUUAAUACAUAUCUCUGCUGGUAUUUGGUUAAAAUUGAUGAUCUGUUUAUGGUUAAUAAACACAUGCAUAUAUUUCGGGCUGCUUGUUUGAGAAAACAGGGACUGCUAUCAUGUCCUAGAAUCUUGUGAUAUACUAAUACUGGUCGGGAGGCUGUUGGUAAUAGUCUCCAACCAAGUUAUGUGGGCUGUGAAUUGAACCUUCUGAUAGUUUAUAUGGACUAUUUAAUCUUCUUACCAUGAUAUUAGUAGCAGUUGUUCAUUUCAACAUCAUCAGUGUUGUUUUCUUGUUCUUCUACAAAAUACAUUCACCAGGGUAUAGAGCACGGGCGGUUUCUGGUUCUCCUGUGCGUCGCAGAGAAGUGGAACGUAGAUAUAGUCCUGCUCCCAUUGAUCGUUUAGAUGGCCCACCUCGGCAUCGUGGAUUUGGGGGUGGGAGAGAGAACGUGAGGUCUCCUGGUCGUUACCGAGACUUUUCACCCUCUCAUUCUCGAGGAAGGGGUGGUCGUCCGUUUGGAAGAGGAUUUGAUGGUCCUGGUCAUGGUCCCGGGGCAGCCAGAGGGGAAGGAAUGCACAAGAACAACCCUAAUGUUCGGCCAAGAGAAGGGGACUGGUACUGCACGGAUCCAGCGUGUGGGAACUUAAACUUUGCCAGGCGAGAGUACUGCAACAACUGUAAAAGGUCUCGUUAUGCUCCUGCUGGAAGUCCCCGGAGAGGAUAUGGUGGCCCACCUCCACCAAUGGGGCCGCCACGUCGUUUCCCAGGCCCACCAAUAGAUCGCUCACCUGGCAGGUUUGGUAAUGGCUACAGAUCUCCUCCACGUGGCUGGCCAAGAGAUGGGCCAAGAGAUUUCGGACCUGGUGGGCCGCCUCCUAGACAUGAAGGCAGGUUUCCUGACCACCACCUCCGAAGGGAUCGGCUUGACUACCCUGAUGAAGAUUUUAGAGAUCGUGGCAAGUUUGACAGGCCACCACCACCAGAAUGGGGGCCACGAGACCAUGGACGAGAUGGCUUUUUGGACAGGAAAGGGUAUGAGAGGCGGCCAUUAUCUCCUCUUGCACCUCUGCUGCCACCACCUCGUGGACGAUGGGCUGAUCGUGAUAUGAGAGAGAGGAGUCGCUCUCCCAUUAGAGGUGGACCACCACCAAAAGACUUCCGUAGGGACCCUUACAUUGAAAGGGGAAGGGAUGACAGACGUGGGGUUGGUCGAGACCGGAUUGGCAAUGUGUAUUAGAUGUAGAUUAGACUUGGCCAGCGUUAGCUGUAUUAACUGUUGGAUUGUCUCUUCCCAAUUAUCAUAGAUUCAGUUUCUACUUUCUGGUUUUGGAGUAGAAUUCCUGAAAUUAUCUUACUGAAAUGUGACUAUGUUACUGUUAUCUCUGUUUUACAGGAUCAAUGCUGUGUGGUACAGUUGCAACCUCAUUUUAAUACUCCGCAGUUGAGUUUA